AUGGCAUCACCGGCACUCCACCACUCCACCACCGUAUCCGGAACCAUUCCCGUAACCGUUACACUUACAGUACCCAGUGCCGUUCCCGUUACAUCCUGCAAUGCCAUAGUGCAGCCCCUACUUGGAUUAUUAGACAAGUGCCAGACGAAGCACUUGAACUUCUCAGAGCUGAAGGAUAACCUUUCCGAGGUUCAGAAUCGACUAACCGAAGUUAAUCUCAAGUAUUCAGAACUGCUGGAAAAACAUUUGGAAUCUCAGGAUAAAUGCACUGAUGUCGCACUUAAAUACGCUGAGGUCCAAGAAAAAUUUCAGCAGACUCACCAAGAACUAAGGAAAUCACAGGAGAGACUUCAAGAAACUACUUUGAAAUACGAUCAGGUUCAAUAUAGAUCUAGUCUCUCAAGGAAAUUUAAUCGUACAUAUGAAGAGUUCAUCAACGGCUUCGGAGAUCUACUGGACGAAAUGUUCAUUGGGCUCGAAAAAUUACAUAUUUUAACUAAUUGGAAGCCCCAUGAAGUGUAUCUAUACCACUUCAGUCGGGAUCUACGAUGCGAUACCUUUGUUGUGGGCGACAACAGCGAAGGCUACUCGCUAAAGAAGCUUGAGGGAUGCACUGGAGAUAUACCGCAUUAUAACCUGAUCCAGGGAACCAAGUUCUCAACUUGCGAUCGUGAUGAGGACGGUAAUCCGGAUAAAAACUGGGCAAGGGAAUUGCGUUUUGGCUGGUGGUUCAGUUCUGAAGAAACAGAUUUCCAAAAAGAAACGGCUUCGCUUUAUUUUUUCAUCCGAAGGAAGGAUUAG